CAGAGACGUCGCUGGAACCCAGGGUGGCUGUCAUCUAACUUCUACAGCAACAAGUCCAGAUUACGGAAACACUGCUGAGAUGGGGAAAAUCAUCAUUUAUGAGCACGCCAACUUCCAGGGGUACUCCAAAGAACUCACCAGAGACGUUGCCAAUCUGAAAGAUGUAGAUUGGAAUGACUGUAUCUCCUCAGUGAAAGUAAUUGGACAACCUUGGGUGGCUUAUGAGCAUGACAACUAUAGGGGCCGGUUACUGGUAUUUGAGGAGGGAGAGCAUAGCUUUGUUGGUGAAGAGAUGAAUGACAAGAUCACUUCUCUGGUGUUGAUUACUGAAAAUUUACACAAUCCACAGAUCACUAUCUAUGAACAUGACCAAUAUCAAGGGAAGAGCAAGGUGAUAACAGAACCAACCAAUUUGGCUAGGGGUCAUUACAAUGACAUGGCGUCUUCUCAUAAAGUCCAGCGAGGUGCCUGGCUCUUGUGUGAACAUAGCGAUGGAAGUGGUUUUUGCUACAUUGCACGAGAGCAUGAACACCUUCCAAGUUACAGAGCAAUCAAUUUCAAUGACAAGCUUUCAUUUCUGCGUCCCCUUCUCCCUGGAAGUUGUGGUUACUGAUGGACU